UGCGCGCCAGCGAAGGUGUCGCGGGGCGGUCGGGGAGCUCGGCGUCCCCCCGGCAGAGGCGCAGGAGAGGGCGGAGGCGGGCGUCGUGACAGGCCAUGGCUGAGCUGGCUGCGGUAACCAUGACAUUUGAUGACGUGGCCUUGUAUUUUUCGGAACAAGAGUGGGAGAUCCUGGAGAAGUGGCAGAAGAAGAUGUAUCUGCAAGUGAUGAAGACCAAUUAUGAGACUCUUGAUUCCCUGGGUGGUGUUUUUUCCAAGCCAGAUUUGAUCACCUGGAUGGAACAAGGGAGAACGCUGUUAAUCAGAGACCAGGGACCCUUGGAGAAUAGAGUGACACUCAGCCUUUCUGCUGAUGAGCAGUGGGACUUGCAGAAGGCUGGAAAGUUGCUGUAUUUUGGUGACCAAGGAAAUCCUGGGGCAAAAGAGGAGGAAUGCCAUUUAAAUGGUCUUCAGAAGCAGGGUUCAUGGGCUACCUUACCAGGGGAGGAAAGAAAAACCUUACCAAAUCAAAGAGCCACCUUACAGCAUCCAAGUCUCCAAGAAAUCGGGAUUCUACGUGAAAAGCUUGACAUCAGAGCAUCUAAUCAGGAGAAGAACGAUCCAUGGCCUGCGCUGGUGGGCACACCGGGUUGCUUGGAAGUUCCACCAGGGCCAAGAUCUUAUUCCUGUUGUGUCUGUAGGAAGGUCUUCCAGGUGAAGAGAGACUUGGUAAAGCACAAAAGAAAGCACGCCAGGAGCCAGCCCCGCAGAUACCCGAAGUCCAAGAACAAAUCCAGAGGGAACCCGGAACUCAGGUGGAACCGGCCGAUCCUGCGCAGGAAGGAGCGUUUCCAGGGUGGCAAGUGCGCAAAGAGCUGCCGCCUGAGGUGUGGCCUGCUGGUUCACCAGGUGGGUCACGCGGGCCAGGGACCCUUCCCAUGCCCCCAGUGUGACCGGACCUUCCAGUGUAAAGCCGCUUUGAAGAAGCACCCGUGUUUGCACAGGAGGGAGAGGCCAUUUUCCUGUGAGCGCUGCGGCAGGCGAUUCGCCCAGCAGGGCGGGCUCACGGAGCACCUUGGGGUGCACGCCCGCGAGGAGCCCUUCCGGUGCCCCACGUGUGACCGGAGCUUCCGCCUGCAGAGAAGCCUGCAGGCCCACCGCUGCCAGCACAGCGGGGACAAGCCCUUCGGUGGCCCGGACUGUGGCGGGAGCGGCUCGCGCAGGGCCGCGGUGGGGGCCCGCCGGACACGCGGCGCCGAGAAGCCGUUUUCCUGUGGUGAGUGCGGUCGGACCUUCUCCCACAAGACGAAACUCACGGAACACAGCAGAGUCCACACGGGAGAGAAGCCCUUCCAGUGCCCCGACUGCGAGAAGCGCUUCCGCCUGCAGAGAAGCCUGACAGCCCACGUGUUCCAGCACCGCGGGGAGAAGCCGUUCCGGUGCCCGGACUGCGGCAGGGGCUUCUCCUGGAAGAACGCCAUGCAGGCGCACCGGCGCUUGCACAGCGAGCAGAAGCCCUUCUCCUGCGCCGAGUGCGGCCAGAGGUUUACGCGGCCCUCCAGGCUCGCGCGCCACCGCGGAGUCCACGGCCGGCCGACGGAGUUCGCGUGCGGCGAGUGCGGGAAGACGUUUCCUCGGCAGUCGAGGCUCACCGAGCACCGCAAGGUCCACGCCAAGGAGAAGCCCUUCUCCUGCCCCGUGUGCGGCCGGGGCUUCCGCCGACACUCGCACCUCAGCGAGCACAUGAGACUCCACGGCGGCGAGGAGCCCCUCCAGUGUCCGGAGUGCGACAAGAGCUUCUUCUGGAAGGCCUCCAUGAAGGCCCACGAGCGGACGCACCGGGGCGGGAAGCCCUUCGCGUGCGGCGAGUGCGGGAAGGCCUACGCCCAGCGCUCCCAGCUCGCGGAACAUCGGCGAGUGCACAGCGGGGAGAAGCCCUUCCAGUGUCCCGAGUGCGGUAAGAGUUUCCGUCUCAAAGGAAACUUGAAAAGCCACCUGCUCCAGCACAGUGACAAAAAGCCAUUCUCCUGUGCGAAGUGUGGCAAGAGCUUCACUCAGCAGUACAGGCUCACCGAACAUAUGCGGGUCCACAGCGGCGAGAAGCCCUUCCAGUGUCCCGAGUGUGACAAGAGCUACUGCAUCCGGGGAAGUCUGAAGGUCCACCUGCACACGCACAGCGGUGAGAGGCCCUUCCGCUGCCCCGAGUGUGGCAAAGGCUUCCUCCAGAAGAGAAGCUUGCAGACCCAUCUGCACCAUCACAGAGGGGAGAGGCCUUUUUCCUGUGAGGAAUGUGGGAGGAGCUUCACGUACAUGGGGGCACUCAGCACCCACAUCGCAGGACAUGCCAGGGAGUCGCCUGUCAGUGUCUAGUCAAGCCGUGCGGAAAGGCGGCAGAGACAGCGCUUGGGUGGAGUUAGCACCUCUGUUGGGCCCAUGGUAUAAGCGGGACAAGGGAUUCACAGAGCACUGGCCUCAGACACGCUGGCUGGAUGCACGGCAGGCAGGCCGUGUCGGCUCCUUGACAAAGGCCCCACAUUAUCCAGGCACAGGAAAGACAGCCUCCCCUCUGUGGUUCCCAUGGACAAUGCCUGCUGGUUCUGGAAGAACCAUUUUCCUCUGCUGCUGUCCCAGCAGUUUUUAGCAGUGUCAUCCAGGAGCAUAGUAAUACCUUUAUUAAAUUUGGAAAACUCGGGGCGCCUGGGUGGCUCGGUUGAGCAGUUGAUUUCAGUUUAAGUCAUGACCCCAGAGUCGUGGGAUCAAGC